AUGUCAACAAGGCAAUCUCACCUCCCUCCUCGCUGCCCAAGUCAAAAGAAACCGAAUUCUGGCCCAAUUCAAGACCCCAACUCCCUGCUUCCGCACAUCAAUGAAUCAUACCCACGACACCAAAGGUCUUCCUCCCAAUCCCUCAUGGAGGAGCAGCCAGCAUGGCUUGAUAACUUGUCUAAUGACUCAGAAUCCAGUUAUAAAGGGAUUGUUCACCGUCGAUCUGUGAGUGACUCAGUUACCCUUCUACACGGCCUUGCAGACUCAUUUUCAAGUCUGAGUCCCAAAAAUGAUGAAUUUUCAGUUGAUAAUGGAUCUUAUAGUGGAUGGAAUUCUGUUAGUUUGUAUGGUCCCAAUUCCCCUCGGCAAAGAGGCAGCUUAUCAAUUUCAGAGAAUGCCUUAGUUUCAGCAUUAUCAGAGUAUGCUUCUCAUGAGCCUAUACAAAACAUGGAUGGGAUACUAUGCAUUCGUCACUCUGAUUCAAAAGGUGAUGAUUGCCAUUCAAUUGGUGAGCUCAAUGAAGAGAUGAGGGCUGUAAAACGGCAUCCUGGGCAGCGCUCAAGGAUUCGAAAGAUACAGUAUAUUGCUGAACUAGAAAGAACUGUUGAUGUUUUGCAGACUUUGGAGUCAGAGUUAGCUGUUAGAGUUGCCUCUCUGCUUCAGCAGCAUGUUGCCUUGUCUAUGGAAAAUAACAAAUUAAAGCAGCAGCUGGCAAGACUGCGACAGGGAAAAUUUAUCAUGGACAGUCAGUAUCAGUCUCUGAAGAAGGAAAUCAAGAGAUUGAAGAUUGGUUUAACAAAUCCCCAAAACAAGAAGGUUGAAGCAUACUUUGGUUCAAGUUCUACCACUGAGGCAGCUAGAGUUGAGGCUAUGCAGAAUCUAGAUAUGGGAAAACUUACUCUUUCUUGA